CCCAUGUUCUUGCAUUUGAUCUUUUUCCCAUUACUCUUCUACUUUUCUCGUUUAUAUAGCUUCUUAUCCAAUUUCUCAGGAAUAUAUUUAAUACCAACAGCAUCACCACAACUGUUCACUAAUGUCUUUUGCUGAUCUGGAACGAGGUGAUGGUGGUUCCCGACGAGGAGGCGCGUCUGGCUUUAGCCCUCUUAUCCGUAAUAGUCCCCAUAACAUCAGUAGCAACACUGCUAGCUUUAAUAAGUUUGGCCGUGGCGAUAUCGUAGGAGAUGUGAAUCAACAUACGCACGAAGCCAAAGUGAAACACAUUUCUCAACAAGUCUUUCGUAUCUCUUCAAAUGUGUCUUCAAUACAGCGUCUAGUUGGUUUUCUUGGUACUGCUAAAGAUUCUCAGGAUGUUAGGGCAAAGCUUCAAGAUAUAACCGAACAAACUCGAAACCUGGUCCGUGAAACUAGCCAGAAUAUCAAAGAGCUUGGCAAAGUAGAUGUUCCUGGGAAAAAACUGGAGCACCAGAAGGUUUCUAAAGAUUUUCAAAAGGUGCUAGUUGAAUUCCAAAAAGUUCAGCGCGUGUCCGCCGAAAAACAACGCGAUUUCGUACUCAAAGCCCGUCAAGUUGUGACGACACGACAUAAUUACUCCAAUAUUAGCGAAGAUGAGGGUGGUGAUACAGGUGAACAGCCAUUAAUUAAUGAUGAUCAACGGCGCUUGCAGCUACUCGUUGUCGAUAACGAGCUCGAGUACAAUGAAUCUAUGAUCACGCAACGUGAGGAAGAGAUUAGGGAAAUUGAACAGGGUAUCACAGAAUUGAACGAGAUUUUUCGUGACCUUGGUAGCAUGGUCCAUGAACAAGGCAACAUGUUGGAUUCGAUUGAAUCAAAUGUCACGUCAGUCAGUAUGGUCACGCAUGCUGCAACAGAGGAAUUGGCAACAGCAGCCGUCCACCAAAAGAAAGCACAAAACAAAUCAUGCUAUAUUUUGUUGAUUGUCGCCGUUGUCACUGGUAUUGUUAUCCUUGCGGUACUCUAGAUAUCAACCUUCCUAUUAUAUAAAAAUACAUUUAUAUAAAUAUUUUUGUUUCAUUUUGUUUAGCCUCUCG